CAAGAAGUUCUCUUCCAAUGACCCAGAUCAUUGAUCAAGCUUGUCAAGAAGCAGAAACUUACAAGGAUGCUGGAGUUGAAUGUGUUUGAGUUUCCCCCUCAACACGCCAAGUGAACUGUUAAGCUGUCUGCAUUUCUUGUGGAAGAAGAGUUGGAAACUUAAAGGUUUUUUUCUACGAAUGUUUCUACUGACAGCAUUUGCAAAUGCUGCCUACAGUAGCCCUCAAGAAGGAUGGCUUGAUAGUAGAAAACAUGCAUGAUCUUCCUUACACGGUGUGUCCUGGACCUGAAGUAACUGCAGCAAUGACAGUCAUUAGUGCUGCAGUGAGAAAGACCUGCCCUGAUCUUGCGCUUGGUGUCCAGAUCCUGUGUGCUGCAAAUCAACAGGCGAUUGCAGUUGCUCUUGCUGCAGGUCUUGAUUUUAUCCGGGCUGAAGGGUUCGUGUUUUCUCACGUUGCUGAUGAAGGGAUUAUAAAUGCUCGUGCAGGUGACCUGCUACGAUACAGAAGACAAGUUGGAGCAGAGAACAUUCAGGUUUUUGCUGAUAUUAAAAAGAAGCAUAGUGCUCACGCUCUGACGGCAGAUGUCAGCGUGGCCGAGACUGCUGCAGCUGCCGAGCUCUUCCUGGCUGCUGGGGUUGUACUGACUGGCACGGCUACCGGAUUGCCCACAGAUCCUCAGGAGCUGAAAGAGGUUAAACAUGCUGUGAAGAUUCCCGUGCUGAUUGGGUCUGGAGUGACUCUAGAGAAUGUGAGGAAUUACAUGGAUGCAAACGCUCUAAUAAUUGGCAGCGCAUUUCUGUGGCACUCAAAGCCAUCAUCAAUGCAAAACCAGCUCUCAGAAGGCUUGUGUAAUAUAUUCUCCCCUAUAAGUAAAAUGCUUAUGGAGUUUAAGAAUUUGUAGUAAAUAUUCAUCACAGGUGAGCUGAGUUUUGUUUUGCCUAUGAGUACAAUAUUGAAUGCCCUAAGUUUACAGCUAGGAGUAUUGUAAAUUGGACAAGUUAAUUAGCCUUUCAGUUUUCCCAUCUGUAAAAUGAUGAUAAUAGUGCCUACAUCACACAGGGGCUGUAAGACAUAAUAAACAAAUGAAUAUACAGCAUUUUCAUCUUCUCAAAUGAAAGGCUCUAUUAAAGUUCAAGAUCGUUAUUUUUUCAUUAGAAUUGUGCAUUUAUUACAAAAAUGUAGUAAUUGUAUACACCAUACAAAAAUGUAAGAUAAUUGGGAAAUUGCUUUACUUACAGUUCUUAUUAGAGAAUAAAUGUAAAUAAUUGCAUUUUAACUGAAGUCAGAAUUUAGUCAAAAUGUUUUUGCAAAAAUUGGAAAUUUUA